AUGGGUCAGGACGACCACACAUGCUUUGCGACGAUUUUCGACGCCGACGUGGCGGUUAUCCCACUGAUAUCGAGGACCUCGAUCCGGCACGCCGACCCGCAGACAGUGAAGGAGUGGCACCGCGACGAGGCGAUCCGCGUGCUGAAGUUUUUCCGGACCGCUGUUCUGGCCGAGCUGCGGCGCGAGGGUAGGAAAUGGGAGUGGGCGAAGCCGUCCGAAGACGAGGUGCAGGAGAGGCUCGCCGACUGCGACGAACCCCUUCGAGAUAAAAUUCCCGAUACCGUCCGGGACUCGGACGCGGGCUCCGGCCUGCUAGCAAUGAGCGCGUUGAUCUGGGUUGUGAGGCGGUUCCAGCGCCUGACCGGCGACCUCCGUCGCAUUGCCACCAGCAUGGACAAGCCCACCGUCUCGGGGUUGAAGGCGCUGCGGAACGAGAUGGUAGCCCUCAUCAAGAAGCAAGUCCCGCUCAUACGGUCGGGGAAAACCGUUGUUGCUGCCGACGCCUGUGACGACGACGGCGAGGAAGUCCAUUCUGCAUCCGUACCAGUAGGGGUCGCCCCGAACGUCGCUGAUGCGCGUGGCAAGUCGGGAGUCGGCGUCGACGAGGCCGAUGCGGCCGCAGGAAAGGGGGUGACCGGGACCGAGGUUGUUCACGGGGAUGAUGAUGGGGUCCAGGAUCGCGAGGAGGAACGUGAGGGUGAGGGGGGCUCGGAGGAGUCGUCGGGGUCGAUGUCGGGGUCGAGGUCGGGGUCGGGAUCGGGCUCGGAGUCGGAGUCGGAGGAGGAGCAGGAGCAGGAGACGCAGGAGCACGAGAGGCAGCACCAGGAGGAGCAGUUGGUAGAGGUGGAGGACGUGGAAAUGGCGGAGGGGUACGUUGUCGGAGGAGCGGAGGGGUACGUUGUCGGAGGAGCGGAGGAAACGGGUGGGAGAUCGGCGGAUGUCGAGAACGACGAAGGGGAGGGGAAGGGUGCGACAGCGAAUAUCGGCGAGGUCGGCGUGGAGGCGGCUCACGGAGGUGGUGGCAUGGUCGAGGUCGGUGAAGGGGAUAACGCCGCGGUCCCGGAGCAGAGGGGCGUGGAUGUGCAUACCGAUGCCACCGCGGAGAAGGCCGGCGGGGAGCGGUCUAGGAGGAAGAAGGCGGCGAGCGGUCAUCCCGGUUCCACCGCGGCUGGGCGGCAGGCGCGGCUGGACGUCGUCGAUCAGCUGAGGACGGAGAACAGGCGAUUGCGUGCAGACAAUGCACUCCUUGAACGGCGGCUCGGUGAGCAGACGGGGCGGGUCGACAGCUUGGCGGCGGCAUUAGCUGGGCUCCUCGAGAAGUUGAAGGGUUUGACCGCCCAGGUCGCCGACACCGACCGGAAAUCGGAGGAGCGCCUCAAAGAGGCCACGUCGACCAUGGCGACCACAAUCACCGAGGGCCUCACCGACAACAUGGACAGCGCCAUUCAAUCGGCCAAGUCCUUCGCCGAGCUAGCGAGGCAGACGCUGCUGGAUCUUGACGACCCCAAGGGACGAGCGGCGGUCGCACGCGCGACCGCGGUGAAGACAGUGACCGAGCACGUGACGGCGGAGGUGGGCGAGGCGAGGAAGGGGUUGGAGGAGUCGUUCAUCAAAUACAUCGGCGCCGCGCAGACCAACAUUGCCGCCGCCGUCGCGCCCCGCCUAGUCCAGCCGCCGCCGCCUACCGGCCCAGCGCAGGCCUUGCCGGAAGAUUUCCUGAAGUCUUUCAAGGAGGACGUGCUGAAGGCGGUGACGGAGACCACGCAGCAGUCCUUCCUCGCCUCCGGACUGAAGAUAAUGGCCGAGGUCGUCGGCACGGUGGCGUAUGCUCGGCGUGGGUCGUCGCCGUCGGCAAACGACGCCGGCCAAGCGCAACCUACGGAGGGCUUGAAGCUGGGUCACAAGAGGCGGGGAGGCGGCGGGGGGGGCGACGGGGACAAUUCGACGAACACGAAGCGGAGCAAGGGAGGCGGGGGGUCUGGCGGCGGGGGGGGGGACGGAGACGAUUCGGCGGGCGCGAGGCGGACCAAGGGAGCGGCUGGUUCUCGCGUCGCCGGCGAUGGGAGCAUGGGAGCCGGCGACGGCAGUUCGUUGAAGCAGUCGGGGAAGAGCGUGGUCGACAUCCUCAGGAAGCACUGGGCUCAGGUUGGAGCGGCCAGCACGGGCCAUGGUGGUGGGGGUCCCGCCGACGAGCAUGCCACUGAUGACGCACUGCCAAUGGCUCCGCCUUCGGUCGGCGUUAAGCCACCACGACAGGGUAGCGGUGUGAAAGGCCUGCGCGACAAGGAGAAGGCCGCCGCCAAAACGGCCCCAGGCGGGUCCGCGAAAGCUGGCCAGGGCCCGAAGACAGGGGUUGCAGAGGCGUCAGCGGUUCCUCACCAGUCUCCCGCGGGUGCACGCCAUCCGACCGGACCGUCUGCCGGGCGACCUACCGACGUCCCGCGCCAUGCCGACGUACCGUCUGCCGACAAGGUUGGCCGCGCGGGAAAAGGGGCGGCAGUUGCGGACGCGCUCAAGGAGCAGCUCAGGCUCCUAGCCGGCCACAGGGCUGUUCAACAGGCCCCCCCUGCUGUCGACGUCCCAUCGGCCAGUGGGCCACGUGUAGUGCCGGUCGUCGCCGCCCGUACUCCUGCAGACCCAAAGUCCGCGUUGUUGCGCGCCCAGCUGGGCGCACUAGCGUCGACUGAGAGGACUCAGCAGGCUUCUGGCUCUGGCUCUAAGCCGUCGUCGGCGAAUGUCGCACCACCCACCCAUGUGGCAGCUGAUGUGGAGAAGGCGGCGGAGAAGGGCGUUCGUGCCGCGCUUGCCACCGGCGGCGGCGCCGUUGAGGAGGUCCGCGCAGACGCUGAUAUCGCUGCCAUACAGGCCCAUCUGGAUGCAGCCAAUCCCCGAACCCUGGCCAUCUCCGACACGGAACAUGUGGAGCCUUCGGCGGGACUCGUCGGCAUCGCGGCAGAGCCUAGUGCGACCGGUGAUGCGAAGGGGAUGGCGGCGGAGACGGCGGCGGACAAAGAUCGAGGCGGCAUUGGGGAGGUUGAAGGGAAAGGGGAGAAUCAGAAGUCGCCCGGCGAGGGUACGUCGACGGGGAGGAAGGGGAAGGACAAGUCGGUCGGAGAAGGUGCGUCGACCGGGAGAAAGGGGAAGGAGAAGGCGGUCGGCGAGGGUUCCUCGAAGGGGAGAAAGGGAAAGAGGAAGGCGGAGGAGGAGGAUGAGGAUGUCGAGGAGGUGGAGGAGGUCGAGCAGGAGGAAGAGGAGGAGGAGGAGGAGGAGGAGGAGGAGGGGAAGGGCAAGGAGAGGAGGGGUCAUGGCAUCCGACACGAUACCUCGGGCGACAAGCAAGGGUGGGUCGGCGAGAUUAAGGUGCACGGCAUCAAUCGAUACAUCGGCAAGUCGCGGGACAAGAUGGAGCUCGCGUACGUUCACUCCAUCGCGUACGUGGUCUACGACGGUUUCGUGAGCAAGGUGCUCAUGACCGAGCUCACCGGCUUGGACAGCGCCGAAUUGGAGAGGUGGAAGGAGGUGUGGGAGGAGGUCAGGAUCUUGCCGACAGGGAUGUGGACGGUGAUGUGGGCCCGGGGUACGCUCCUUCCAAAGACACGGCUGACGGAGAUCCUCGACGCGUAUCGCCAUUACAAGUCCACAGGCGAUUGUCUCCACGCCGCGCUCCUGCCAGCGAUAUGGUACCCAGUCGAUGCUAGCACCGAGGAAGGCCGGGAGAAGUCGGCGUCCAUGAUGUCGGCGAUGAUAGGCCGCGUGUCAAUGUGCGCUGCAUAUGGGAAGACCGCUGCGGCAGCGGCGAAGAAGGAGGGAGACAAGGAGGAGAAGACGGAUAUGGCGGCAUGGGCGUUAGCAGCAUCCGCAUGCGCUGUGUGGUGCUUCGUCGAGAACGGCGAUGCCCAGCUGGCGGAUGCUGUGGAAGAAGGGAAGUCGGCGGCGAUCAUCGGCGGAGCGAGCCAGGCGACCGCCGAUGUAUUCGGAAAAGUCAUGGAGGCGGUGCUGAAAGCCGAGAUGAACAGGGACCGCCCCUUGGGAGAGGUUGCCUACAACGUCGCGCCAGCACUCCAGAGGACCGCCCUUGAUACGGUAUAUCCGGGGGGGAAUGCUGGAGUAGAUGCCGACGUUAUCGCUAGAGCGACGGUUGAGACGAUGGCGUUUUGGGGAAUGUGCCCCGUCGCCGGGCCGAAACUAAGAGCGAGGGACAUCGCGGUGCCGAUUGACGCGCAGAUGAAGGCCGAUCUUGACAACAGGGGGAGGAAGGGUCUGAGGGGCAAGAAGGGGACGAAGACCAAGGGCGGCACGGAGAAGGUCAAGAAGUCGAAGGACAGCACGACGGCCUAG